AUGAUAUCAAAAAAUGCAGAGAAAACCAGUGUUUUCCUUAAUGAACAGGAUACAUCUACAUCUUCUAUUCUUUCUGCCGCAAACAGUAGCCCAAUAACUAUAAUAGAUGCUGAUAAUGGAGAAGCAGAAACUAUUACGAAGGAUUGGAGUUAUGAAGAAGAAAUGAAAGUCACCAGAAAAUUGGAUUUUCUCUUGAUGCCUUUGCUUUUCUUUGCAUUCUUUAUCUUACAAAUUGACAGAGGAAAUAUCUCAAAUGCUUUAACAUCCACCUUAAAAGAAGAUGUAGGUUUGGACAACAAUAAGAUAAAUGUAGGAACAGCCUUAUUCAACAUAGGUAUUGUUGCUUUGGAAAUUCCAAGUAAUAUUUUGCUACAAAAGUUCGGUCCAAGUCGUUGGUUGAGUUUCCAGAUAGUUGCAUGGUCACUUUGUGCAACUUUGUAUGACUGA